AUGAAAUUCUGCGGCGGUCACAGAUCCAUCUUUAUCGCGGCGAUGGCAUGGGUCAAAAACAAUCAACACGGAGCACUGUGGAAGCAUAAUGAGACCGUGACCAGAGUUCGCGACAGCAUCGAUGCAACCGACUGGUGGGCACGGGGCUCGAUUUUGGAAGGACUUGCUGCAUCUCGAGGUGUGAAAGUCAAUGGACAGUUUGGCAACCUUGACAUGGUACCGAUGGAAUUUGUCAACAUUCUCUGCGAGGGUCCAGGCCAGCUUUCUGAGGAGUUGCGCCGUGACUUGACUGUCUGUGGCUUCGUGAUCCCGGUGCCUAUUGAGCAUGAUGGCGAGUUCCGGCGAGUAGACUGGACGAGAGACGAUGUCGUAUAUAUGGUUGCAAACCCAAUUCUGGCAUCAUUCUAUCGGAACCGGUUGGAGAGGUUUCGCGGUUUGAAAGUGAGAAUUGAUCCCUUUCUCCCUGUGAACUGCAUGGACUUGCUACUGCGCGCGAUUCCGUAUGUUACCUUUGCCCAGGUUGUGGGGUUUUCACCAAAGGCAGCAGCAGAUUCCUCACUGUCAAAGGAUGACUUGCCUUUUGAAGACCAAUACAAUGCUGCCAUCAUCGAAGUCUUGCAAAGGCUCGGAUACACAGCUGAUUCGUCCCACAACAAAGAAGUGGGCAAGGUGGACAUCUUUGUGAACAUUGACAACAGGACCUUUGGUGUGGAAUGUAUCAUGGCAAAGCGUGGCCCGACAGACCACAAAAAGCACCGGGGACGCUUUGACACUUCGCUGUAUGCGUACAGCAACGCCGACCACAAGGCACUAGUCACGAUUGGAAGCAGCAAAUCUCGGGUGCGAGAGCGCGUCUUGAAAACGAAAGCAGAUGGUGUCGAGAUCAUCGGCUUGGUGCCCAAUAUCGCGCACACUGGCUACAACAUUCUGUACCGAGGUGCCCAAGCUGCAGAGGGUGCAGAUUUGGUGGAGUACUAUGUCGAGUGCGACCUCGUGGCACGUGCGUUGGACACAAGCAACAGUAUCCGCUGCAUCCAGAAGGUUUUGCGCAUCAACAAACCUGCGCAACCUCCAGGCAACAUUUUCGUUUGCAUUGGCGCAAAGAUUUGUUGCGCAAGUCAGGACGCAAACUGUGCUUCAUUCACUGUGGGUUUCCGCCUGGAAUAAUCAUCUUUGAAUCUUUUCAGCGAAGUGGAAUCUUGUCAGAGCUGCACCCUGCAAGGCAGCGCCGCCCAUGGGUGAGAGUGUUGGAACGGGGCAAUGGGCGCUAGACUUUUUCAUACUGCAAUAAAUGUGUUCUCAGCGCUAGACUGGCCUUCCUGCAAGGCAGCACUUAUCACGUUGCUGCCCAGAAUGCCGCCUGCAAGGCAGUGCCGCCUUGCAACCAUCCGCUGCGGCGUCUGCGGUGUGGGUCCGUCAGCUGAAAAGCCUUGACGGCAAGGAGUUCAUUGGCAAUGCGUUUCAGGUCAAAGGUGUCUUGGCAAACGCAGCGACCUCAGCUGCGCCACUUUGCGAAGGAUCGCCUCAGCUUCGCGUUGCCUUCAAAAGUGUUGCUUCACGCUUCACGAGAAUGCCAGUUCUUUGACGUAUGCAGUGCAUUCAUGUCCAUGUCGAAGGCAAUUCAUUCUCAAAGACAAGCGGAUGAUGUUGUUCGAAUCUUGUUUGAACACUUGCCGAACCUCCACAUGAAGUGAAUUCCAGCGCUUCUUCGAGGACGGCGCGAAGUUUGAAUUGACGGGCAAUCCGUUCUAAAAUACUACAAUCAGAGAUGUCCCCCG